AUGGAGGAGACGAAAGACUUCCUCAAACCCACAACCAGCCGUGCGUGGGUAGGGGUUCUGGCAACGUUGCGCUUACUCCAAUUUGCACUACAGGUUGUGGAGCUCGGGUUUGGCGCUUAUGGUAUGUCUCAAACCCAUGUGGCUAAGAGCGCUAACCGGGGAGACUUGGACUACUUUAUAAUGGCUGCUCGCGACCAGCUGGUAUGCCUUAUUGUGUUCAGUGUGCUUGGCGUGGUGUAUGUGUCUGGGUGCUGUGUGGCGACAGUGAGACGCAGCCUGGUGCUCAUAUUCCCGUUCAUGAUCAUUAUCUUCGAAGCGGCGUUUUUCGGGAUGUGGCUUGCAGUGGGGCUCUAUUAUUACCGAGUGUUUGGUGGCGCAUUUUGUCGCCUCAUCACCGCAUAUCAACAACUGAGUGACGCGUCGCAAUUUGGACUACUCUCGCAAUUAGCGUCUGAUUGUAUCAUUGAUACCGCGUUUUAUGUGAUAUCUCUUAUAUUGGCGGCGAUAUUCGGGAUAUCCGGCAUUAUUCAUAUCGUGUUUGCGGUAGUACCAUCAGUGAGAGAGCAAGGGAUCUCCAGUUUGUGGACAACUCAGCCUUACUAUUUCGGUGCCAUCGUUAUCAAGUCGAAAUGCAAUUAUCGUGAUAGCUGCAUGAGUAUGGAGGAUACCCUCUUACCAGAGAACAAUUCAACAUUAACCACAUCACCAGAAGAGACCGAGCUCGACGUCAAGAGCAUGCACUCCGACAACAAUGAUCUUACUGCUGCAAGUGAUGACUGGUACCAAGUGCUUGGCAAGUAG